AUGAACGACGGCCUCGCCAACGGGGAGGCCUCGUCGUCAUCCUCCUCCCAGUCGCCCCAGCACGCGUCACAUGCGCUACCGCCCCACCACGAGGACGACGCACAGCGCCCGGGCACGGCAGACAGCGACCUCCUCGGCGAAGACCCCCUGAGCCAGGACCUCGCCGAGCCGAUCUCCUUCAAGCGCAAGCAGAAGCGCCCCGGCGUCGGCCUGGGCUUGCUCACGAGCCUGACGGGCUCCCUGCUGGACCAGAGAGGGGGAAACGGGUCACAUGCCGAUGCGGGCAGGCUACAGGACGAGGAGCCUGACGAGGCCCCAUACCCAGAGACCUACCAUUCCUCGCCCAGGAGGAGGGGCGGAGGCACCAACAAUACAACCACGGGCUCGACUCCCAAGGACGGGGCUCCCCUCGACUGGCACGUCGAGGGCCCAGGCCAGCGCGUAGGCUACGAGAACCUGACGGCCAUCGACUGGAUCUUCGAAUACACAAAGGAGAGGGCCCGGCUCAGGGUGCUGCACUCGAGCGCUGUAGGACUCGUGGGCUACGCCCAGAGGCUGCUCGAUUCCAGCCAGGAAUGGGUCAUCCUCGUCCUGACCGGGCUGCUCGUCGGGGCUCUCGCCGCCGCCAUAGACAUCGUCUCGGACUGGCUGGGCGACCUGAAGGCCGGGUACUGUUCUACGACAGACGGCGGUGCUUUCUACCUGAACAAGAACUUUUGCUGCCUGGGCUACGACGAAGGGGCGCAGUGCAUGGGCUGGCGUCCGUGGGCUACAGCAUUGCACAUAUCAUCAGCUGGGGGAAAGUGGAUCAUAGAAUAUUUCUUUUUCAUCUCCUUGUCGGUUCUUUUUGCUCUUUGCGCCAGCAUUUUGGUAAAGGAGUACUCGGUCUAUGCAAGGCACAGUGGUAUACCCGAGAUCAAGACUGUGUUGGGGGGUUUUGUCAUUCGGCGCUUUCUCGGUACAUGGACGUUGGUCACGAAAUCCCUUGGACUGUGUUUGGCUGUGGCGUCCGGAAUGUGGUUGGGAAAGGAGGGCCCCUUAGUCCACGUUGCAUGCUGCUGCUCGAAUCUUUUCAUCAAGCUUUCUCCCGCCAUAAAUGAGAAUGAAGCUCGAAAGAGAGAGGUGCUCUCUGCCGCAGCGGCAUCAGGCAUAUCUGUGGCCUUUGGUGCGCCUAUAGGUGGAGUGCUGUUCAGUCUUGAGCAAAUCUCGUAUUACUUCCCCGACAAGACGAUGUGGAAAAGCUUCGUCUGCGCCAUGACUGCUGCUGUCGUCUUGAAAGCCCUGGACCCUUUCCGUACGGGGGAAACCGCCCUCUAUCAUGUCAAGUACAGUACCGAAUGGCACAACUUUGAAGCAGUUGGCCCUUUUCUUGUCCUCGGCUUCUUAGGAGGUAUCUAUGGGGGUCUUUUCAUCAAACUUAACAUGAAGGUCGCCUCAUGGAAAAAGGCGCGAGUCAUCUCGAAGGAAUGGCUCCCGGGGCCCAUCACACAGGUCGCCAUAGUCUCACUGCUCACCGCCCUGAUCAACUAUCCCAAUCUUUACAUGCGGGCUCAAUCAUCAGAGCUCGUAGCGAACCUCUUCUCCGAAUGCUCUAAACUGCUGGACGACCAGUUCGGCCUGUGUAAGACAGGAGCAGCCACGGCAGGUACCAUCGUCCUGCUCCUGUUCGCCGCUGUCCUCGGCUUCUUCCUCGCAGCCAUUACCUUCGGUCUACAAAUACCCGCAGGCAUCAUCCUCCCGUCCAUGGCCAUCGGCGCGUUGUCGGGCCGCGCGAUAGGUAUCAUCAUGGAGAUCUGGGUACACAACCACCCGGGCUUCAUCGCCUUCCAGCAGUGCGAGCCCGACAUCCCCUGCAUCAACCCGGGCACCUACGCCAUUAUCGGCGCUGCGUCAACGCUCGCAGGCGUGACGCGCAUGACUGUGUCAAUCGUGGUGAUCAUGUUCGAAUUGACAGGCGCCCUGACGUACGUGCUCCCGAUCAUGAUCGCCGUCAUGAUCUCCAAGUGGGUCGGCGACGCCUUCGGCCGCAGGGGCAUCUACGAGUCGUGGAUCCACUUCAACGAGUACCCAUUCCUGGACAACAGCGACGAGAACGUCGCCUCGAUCCCGGACAUACCCGCGGGCCAGGUCAUGACGCGCAUCGAGGACCUGGUCGUCCUGACCGCGACGGGCCACACCAUCGCCUCGCUGCGCGCCAUCCUCGAGACCCAGCCGUACCGGGGGUUCCCCGUCGUCUCGGACCCGCGCGACGCCGUGCUGCUGGGAUACAUUUCGCGCGCCGAGCUGCAGUACAACCUGGCGGGGGCGUCGCGCCCGCCCCGCUCGCUUCCCUCCGGGGCAGAGGCCUUCUUCAGCCACCAGCCGCUCGCCGACCCGCGCACGACCCUCGACCUCCGGCCAUGGGUCGACCAGACCCCGAUCACGCUGCCCUCGCGCGCCAGCCUCCAUCUCGCCGUCAGCUACUUCCAGAAGAUCGGCCUGCGCUACGUGCUCUUCAGCGACAGGGGCGUCCUGCAGGGCCUGCUGACCAAGAAGGACGUCUGGCAGGUCCUCAACGGCGCCGAGGAGACGCGGCGUACGGGAGGUGCCGCUGGAGGCGGUGGUGGGCUUUCGGGCAACGCCGGGGUCGAGACAGGCAUCACGCGAGAGGAGGGCGAGGGCGAGCAGCGGGGCCUCCUGGAGAGGGAGGGUCUCGUCGAAGAGGUGUCUAGCCCCGGGGCCGAGGUCGACUCCAUAUUGUAG